AAACAAGAAAACAUAAACAAAACAAAUGUGUGACUAACAAAUGUGUGCAAAAAUCUAAGGCAGUGCUGCAAAACGCGCACAUAAACAUGUGUUGAAAAGCGUCGAAGCUUAUUCAAAAGGCAAAUUAAUCAAACGACAGAAGCAGUGAAGGAGUGAGAGAGAGAGAGAGAGAGAGCAGCACAGAGAUAGAGUUUCUCUGUAGAAUUUUGCGCGCCCACGAUCUAUUGAAAAAACAUUCAAAAUUAUACUCGAAAUGGAUAUGACCUCAACAGCGGAGGCUGCCGCUCGCAGCUGGUAUGAUAGUCCGCGCUUAGGCGGCGGCGGCGGUGGCGGUGGGGGCGGCGGUGGUGGCGGUGGCGGCGGCUCGCCGCAUACAAACGGCCUGGGCAGCACCGGCAGCAGCCUGGCCCACAGCCAUCACAGCCUGUCCAGCGGCGCCUCCUCGGCCGGCAGCAGUGUGGGCGCUGCCCUGGGCGGCGGUGCGGGCGGCGCUGGCGCCGGCCUCGGACUGGAUACGAGCGACAUGAGCGCCUUCUAUGCGCUCGAAAGCAAUGGACACCAUCGACGCUACUAUCCCAGCUAUCAUCAGCACACAUCCCGCAUGCCCUCCUCACAUGCCACGCCCCAAGUGUGCCGGCCGCACUUUCAUACACCGCUCAGUCCCUGGCUGACCAGCGAGCACAAAUCGUUUCCACCCGCCAGCGCCUGGGGCAUGAGUCAAUUUGCGUGCCCGCAGGAGCCGCAGGUGGAGCACAAACUGGGCCAGGUGGGCCAGAGCCAUCAGACAACGUCGGCCGGCCAGCACUCGUUUCCAUUCCCACCAACACCGCCAAAGGACUCCACGCCCGACUCCGUACAAACCGGCCAGUCCGAGUAUCAGCAGGCCGUGAUGAACGCGUUCAUGCACCAGCAGGCCACGGGCUCUACCUCACUGACGGACGCCAGCUGUGCGCUGGACAUCAAGCCCUCCAUACAGAACGGCGGCCCGACUGCGGCGCACGCGGGCAGCGCCGGACCGGCCCAAUCCUCGGCGCCCAAGCAGCGUGAAGGUACGAACAAUACGAAUAGCUCAAAUAGCAGCAGCAGCAGCGGCAGUCAAGCGACGUCGCAGCAGCAGCAGCAACAGCAGCAGCAACAGCAGCAACAGCAGCAGCAGCAGCAAAAUAGCAACAGCAAUGCCUCCUCCUCAACCGCCUCCGCCUCAGUGUCCGCAUCGACGUCGAACGGCCUGUUCGAUGGCACCGCCCAGGCGCACUAUGCGGCCAACAAUGCCAACAGCUACGACAGCAGCUAUGCCUCGUACCACCAUGCGGCGGCGCAGCAUCAGGCGGCGGUUGCCGCCGCCAACAUGUUCCAAAGUUCCUCCGUGGCAGCGGCCGCUGUGCGGCAUAGCAUGGCGGCGGCGCAUCAUCACCAYCACCACAGUCACAGCCAUCACAGUCAGGCGGGCCUGCAUGGCAGCGGUGCUGGCGGUGGUGGUGGUGGUGCUGGUGGUGCUAGUGGUGGCAUUGGCGGUGCCAUUGGCAUGGCCAGCGGCAUGGGCAGUGCCAUGAGCAGCGGCGGUCACAGCAGCUCCAGCGGCGGCGGUGGUGGCGGUGGCGGCGGCGGUGGUGCAGGCAGCUCUGGCAGCCUGAACAUCGGACUCGAUGUGAAGCCCGUGCGCACAAAGCCAAGGACAAGUGCGGAGGGACGCGAGUGCGUAAACUGUGGUGCCACCUCCACGCCGCUGUGGCGACGCGACGGCACCGGACAUUAUCUGUGCAAUGCCUGUGGCCUCUACUACAAAAUGAACGGACAGAAUCGGCCGCUGAUCAAGCCAAAGCGAAGACUGACGCUGCAGUCGCUGCAAAGCGCGGCCAAGCGGGCGGGCACUUCCUGCGCCAAUUGCAAGACCACAACCACAACCCUUUGGCGGCGCAACGCCAGCGGCGAGCCGGUCUGCAAUGCCUGCGGAUUGUACUACAAGCUGCACAAUGUCAAUCGUCCACUUACCAUGAAAAAGGAGGGCAUACAAACGCGUAAUCGCAAGCUCAGCUCCAAGUCGAAGAAGAAGAAGGGCCUGGGCGGCGGCUGCCUGCCGAUGGGCGGACAUCUGGGCAUGGGCGACUUUAAGCCACUGGAUCCAUCCAAGGGCUUCGGCGGCGGCUUCUCAGCCUCCAUGGCGCAACAUGGACAUCUUUCCAGCGGACUGCAUCCGGCACAUGCGCACAUGCACGGCAGCUGGUAUACCGGCGGCAUGGGCGCAUUGGGCGCCUCCGGUGGACUGCAGGGUGGCUUCUCCACGGCCGGUUCGCUCGGCGGCGGCGUAGUGCCCCACUCGCAGCCCUACCACUUGGGACUCAGCUCAAUGGGCACUUGGCGCACUGACUACACGUGAUGGAGCGGGAACAACCUGAACAGCAACUUGUUCAGCUAGAACCGUUUCACAUCAACAACUGACUUCGAUUUCCAAACACAAUGCCAAACUGAGGACUCACACWAGCUACAGCCACAGCUGCAGCCG